GAAGUGUUCUGUCAAAGUCAAAUUCUGAAUGCGUGUGUUGGGGAGCGGCUUUUUUUCAUUUUGAAAAAACCUUUAAUUUCAAUAAUAAAGAAUAAAGAUGGAUUUAAAUUUAUCCGUUUUUCAAGAACCCAGAGGGGUAAUGCGUAUAUUCCAUGUUGUGUUUUCGAUUUGUGCAUUUUCGACUAUAACAGGAUAUUCUACCCAGAUUAUUUUCAAUUGCCUGAGCGAGAGAAGCUUAUAUGAACUAAGUUAUCCUUUCGAUUUCCUUUUUGAGAGGAAAUUUGGAAACUGCACCUUAGAUGUAACAGGAAAUUUCUCAUCAGAUGCCAAAUUCUUCGUUACCACUGGGGUCUUAGCAAUGCUGUAUUCAAUAGUCAUCAUAUUGGUAUACAUUAAGUUCGAUGAAGCUUAUAAAAGAAACCCCAAAAUACCAAUGCUUGAUUUCCUCAUCACAGUAUUUUUUGGAGUUUUGUGGCUAUCUAGCAGUGCUGCAUGGGCAAAUGGUCUAGUUGGUUUAAAAGCUGCAACCAACAGACCUGGGGAAACCAAAGGGCCAUGCCAAACUUGCUCAGUUACUACCAGUAACUUCUCUACGCUUAAUAUAUCUGUGAUUUUCGGAUUCCUGAACUUUUUCCUGUGGGCUGCUGAUUUAUGGUUUGUUUACAAGGAAACCCAGUGGUUCCAAGCAGCACAACCUCAACCUAAUGAAGGAAUGUAAUCACCAUAGAUUGCCAUAACUUAUCUAUAUCUUUGAUCCAUAUCAGGUGUAUGGAAAAGUCUGCUGAACACCCAAAUAUUUUAUCAUAGAAUUAGUCCAAAAUUAUGGAAAGUCUGAAUUCUUCACUAUGCCAUAGCCAUACUGAAAGGUAGAAUUAUCAAAGAGCGAAAACAAAGAAACAUAUUGUUUUGUUGAAGAAUAUUCAUUCGAGAAACUAUAAGAGUAAGUCUACAGAAAAAGUUAGAUCGUUAAUAUUUGGGGAGGAUUCAAAUCAUUAAAUGUGCAAAUGAGCUAAAAUAGUAAAGAACUUGGAAAGCUGUUUAUCCACGAAUACAUAUAUUGGACGACAACUUACGUAUUGUGGAUUCAGAUUUCGAUAUUUUUGGGCAAAAAACCCUUUCUAGCUUGCUUUUUCCUUCCAACUUUACCUGUGUUCACUGUGUUUGAUAAUUUUCAUUCUGUUAACCUAAACUUCGAUGCCUAACUAGUCACUUUCUGUAAUAUUUUAAGGGAUAAAAUAUCCCACUUCUGACCCAAUAUUUGAUUUAGUAUUAUUCUGAAGUGAGAUACGAGAAUAAAAUCUUGUACUUGUAUCCUAAAAUAAAAAUGCUGUUGGAACACUUUCGAAUCUCGUCAAAUGAUGCGUAAUCCUGCACCUAGCAAUCUCCGCAUUGUACAAAGUACAGGGUGCGACAGCAUAACAUCCUUUUUCAAAACUUCUACGAAUAAGAACGUUUUCAAUUGUUUUUUAUUUUACAUACACUUUGUCAUGAUUCUUGUCUGCGAUAUGUUGGCAAUUUCUUCCUGUAGGGCGUUGUUGGAACAAAAUGUCACCCAAGUAGCACGUGUUUCGUUUGUUGAUAGCAUCCUCAGGCGCGACACCGAGAAGAGGUUCACGCAUGCAUUCAUCCGAGAAUUGAAGUCACGUUCCUGCACAAAGUUAUAUUGUAUUAGGCGAUCUAAAGGGCCAACGAACACCAGUUCUUCAUCUGGUUCCACUUGCAGUUUGUCUGAAAGUAGUGACCCACGUAACAAAUAAAUUCCGGUCCGGGACGGGGGCCAACGGGGCUAAAUUAAAGCUAUCCCAAAAGGCGAGCUGGGUUAAAAUCAUAGAACAUCUACUCUAAAAGUAGGCCUCAAAGGCAAAAUCAAACUGGAUGCUGGCUAUUGAACUCAAUCGCGUGCAUUUUAAAAAAAGUAGUUAUCCUGCCGCACUCUGUAGAAUUUUGUUAAUUCUUUCCUAACAGUAAAUAAGAGACCAAAAAUUAUUUGCCAUUCAAUAGUGUACCUAUUGCUUCGAAAAAUUCACUUAAUCUGUGUAUAUAUGUAUGUUUUGGACAGUGAUGGAAUAAUUUAGCUGCUAAGUUGAGUGACCCUUCAUACAACUUGAUAAUAAAUAGUAACCAACAAACCAUAGGAAAUUUUAUACUACACAGCACCGCGACUAUCUAAAAAUACGCUGGGUUGCGUUCGUAAAUUGUUACAGAGAAUAAUUUGUACUACUCUGUAACAAUUUCAGCGUUCGUAACAAAGUAACCCUUCCGGAUCGUCAAAAGUGCAGUUUUCUUCCGGUGUUCAAAACCUUGGAAAUAAGAGUGUUAUCACUUGUCAGUCUCGUGGUUGUUUGUUUACUUUAUGUGGCUAUCACUAUAAAUUAACUACUUCAUAUCCAUAGCGUUUCUUAUAAUAAAUACUAUGGUCGCAGAAGACGUGGUUAGAAAUUAGUCGCAUGUCAUUACAUGAAUCUGUAGUAAUUUAGGCGUUCUAAAAAUAAAGUUUCAUAGUAUUCCGGAGUUAAAUUCCAUCUGGUAAUCAACAUUCCGUUACUGUGUCCAGGUGAUUUACAAAUGCACCCCUGAAUUUCUGCCACCUCGGGAGCUCGGUACACCUUAUGAGAAACUGCCAUCUGUGAUCGUAUAGUCGUUUGUGGGUUACACGUUUUAAAUAGUCUGUUCUUAUCUGUAGUUGCGAUGCUGUGUCGUAUUAGAUAUGCUGUGAUCAAAGGUUGAAAGCUGGAUUAUUCUAGCACUGCUUUUCUUGUUAUUAUUCAGAAUUAGAAUUUGUUAUUUUAUCGGUUUCACUUUGAGAGACAGUGUUGUAGAAGAAUUCACAUUUUAUUUUUGUAGUGGGUUAAUUGUACCUUGAUGUUAAGGUAGCUUUCAGGUAAAGGAAUACUUGAGUCAAUUUGGUAGACCAAUUAAACAUAGUGGUUGUCGUUUUCCCAAAAAAAUAAACAAAAAAAAAUUAGUAAUUAGCGGGUGAAUUCUAAAAAGUUAUCAUCAACUAACAUAUAUGAAUCUGAAGAACAUCUCUAUCAACAUUUGCCGUUUUCCUCUACAAACUGGACAAUAACUAUUAAGAGUUCUUGAUAACUUUUUAACGAUCUAGGCCGAGAUUUAGAAUCACAUUGUAACUAUAGGGUCCAAAAAUUACAGACAUUUCAUAUGAGAAAUUAUUGUGCAGUAUUUUAUGGUAUAAGAACAUUUUGAAAGGUUAUAUAACGUCAGAAUGGUUUCUGUGUUAAUAUACGAUUAUGUCAGGUUUUUAGAGAUAAAGUAGACGACAACGAUAUUGUUUUCGUUUCCAUUUUUUGCCGAUUCUCAAAAAACUGCUAUAAAACCGAGAACCGGAGGCAUGAGGACAGAGACGGAUCUGAAAAUUUUCAAACAUUUUCAGGUUUCAAAUCUGUGAAUUCUCCGCAGGGAACAACUCUCGCCUAUUUCCACCAAUUCUCGAUGUACCAUCUUUGCUGUGGGAAUUUCAUUACGUUUAUAAUGAUCAUACACUAUGUCCCUUAUUUCGGCAGUUGUUGCUGCACUUAAAGGUACAGAUGUCACCCAUUUCACGUAACAUUAAUGCAAAUCUGUUGAGCAUCAACAGACAGGCACAUUCUUUAAGAAAUACGACGGUAUUCCUGGCUAUCAUUGCUGCCCUCGUUACUGCUAUCAGUAUCAUGCGCACUAUAAGUAUCACUGUCAGAAAAGGCUUUGCUACAAGAUGGGUUUCCAUCAUUCAUAGCGCCUUUGUGCAUAUAAUUUUCGAUGUCCGUGGGCCCCUGACCUGCCUGAGCAGAUCGUUCCCAAGGGCGGAAAAAGAACUGAAAAUAUAUUCCUGAGUACCGCUCUGUGCAGGUCUUCAUAGCGCAGUCACAUUAUGUGAACUUGUUGUUACGACAGUAUCGAAACAGUGCGAUUUUUUAGAUUCGCUGCAUUCAAACCAAUAAUUGUAUCGAACUAUUAGAGCUUUUUAGCUUAUUGCACAUUGCCUCAAAUGUGUAAUUUAUACAGAUGAACCAGAUUCCAUUAUUAUUUAUAUCGUAUCAUAUAAUGACCGUACUAUAUGGUGGGUCGGAAACGCAAGAAAGCAGAAGAAAUGUAAGCGAAUAUAUAAUAUCGUUGUCGUCUAUUAUAGUUCUGUUAUGUUUGGAACCCUAAAACGGAAAAGUAGUAGUAGAUCGGUACAAGAGUAGAUGUAAGAUUGCUACUUAAUUUUGUUCAACCGUUUGAAUUGGUUGUUUUAUUAUUAUUUGAUUCCAUCCUUAUUGUAAGUAUACUUAAUCUCGAAUUUAGCACAAAAUAUGACUGAGAACAGUAUCUGUUAAUAAUAAGUAUGAAAAGCGCCAAGAUAUUGGGAAUAAUAACAGUUGGGGAUAUAACGUUAUGAAUACCUACCUUAUUUAUUCUACUAUGUAUCCUGGUACAAUAUUUUUAUAGGAUUAAUGUUUUUAACAUAUUUGUUCAUAAUUUUCUACCUUGUAUUAUUUUUUGUUUGGAAUAAAGAAAAGUCUAC